AUCACAACUAUAAUUGUCAACUUUACUGUUGUCUUCCAUUCUAUAAAGUUUUAAAAUUACAUUAUUCUGUACAUUUCUAUCCUAUUGUAGCGGAAAAUUUUUUGAAACUAGUCCUACACUUUGUUUUAUAUUUGUUCCAGUCAUAUUUACUUCACUUAAGUCCUGCUGUUCUUGAUUUAAUUUAUUAUCAACAUGUAAGUGCCAAGCUGUCUCGCAUGGGUCAACUAGCUUCACUGUAAAGAUUAACACAAAGAACUCGCUUAAUAUCCGCCAGUAAACUUUGCUGAAAGUGCCUCCAUCUACAUUAAUAUGAAGAAAGUUGUGUUAUUCAAAAGUGCUUCAGAAGAUUACGAAAGAGUUUUCACUGAUAAUAACUACCAAGUUGCAUUUGUGGAACCAUUACAAUUCACAUUCAUAAAUCUGGACACACUCAAGGAAAAACUUUCACAAAACGAAUACGAGGGCCUUAUACUGACGAGCCCACGAGCCGUAGAAGCAGUCUCUAAAUGUUGGGAUCCUACUAAAUUUGUAACAUGGAGUACCAAGAGGGUCUACACUGUUGGACACGCAAGCAGCCAAAAAAUUACACUAUUACUAGGCCUGGAGGCACUAGGCAGCACCACAGGCAAUGCUGAAAACUUAGCUAAAUUAAUUGCUGGGGAAAAUUCAAAGACUUCAAAAUUUUUAUUCCCUUGUGGCAGCCUGCGCUCUGAGUCUCUUCCGAACAUUCUACAGACACAGGGAAUUACAGUAGACUCUAUUACAGUAUAUGAAACUAAAGAGAAUGAAAAUCUAAAGGAGGAUUUAAUGGCGCUCAGUGACAGCACACAGGAGCCCUGCUGCAUGGUAUUCUUCAGUCCGUCAGGGUGUGAGUACAUUCACAGACAGCUACAGACAUUCAACAAUAAAUUGUCGACAUUGCCACGUUUUGCUAUAGGGAAUUCAACAGCACACAAAAUUGAGAUUCUUGGUUUAGAUAUAGCUGGUGUGGCAGCUAAACCGGUCGCAGAAAGCAUCUUGGAGUCUGUCAACUCAUACUUCUCAAAUUUAAAUAAUUGAAGUUAAAAUUUGCAAUGUAAUACAUUGAUUUUGUAAUAAAUUACAAUAAGUACAAAUUAAAUAAAAAUGUAAUAAAUUUAUAUCAUAAAAAUAUGAUAGGCCUAAAUUAUCUAACUUUAAUAAUGUUUAAAAAUUAAUAAUACCUAUUUUUUUUACUUUGGAAAAGAUUAAUACUGUGAUAAGUAAAUUGUUAUUGCAUUUGAAGAACAACAUUGUGAUAAAGUAUAAAUUUUUAAAACAAAAAUGUAUAUGUAUAAUUGUGUAUAUAAAAGGAAAACAUUCAAUACUACAUUUCUGUAAAUUUUCAAAGAUUAUUACAUGUUAUUUCUGAGUGAUUCUUUAGGAAAUGUUCUAAUAGACAACUAAAACAUUAAAAAUUCUCUGAAAAUCAUUUUUGGAAAUUGAUAGAGAACUAGUAGUUGUUUACAUAUUUCAUGAACCAUCUUGAUGUCUUGUUAUUAUAUAAUGCCAUUGUCCCAAUUAUUAGUAAUGGGUAAUAAAAUAAAGAAAUUGUUUUGAUAAAAAUGUAAACUUGAUAAAAAGAUAAAUUAUUAUUAUAUUAUGCAGUCGGUUUUAAAAUAAGAUGCAUCAAGAAGAUUUUUUACUAAAUAAAAUGACUAACGAAAAAUAUAGUUUAUACAUUAACA